AAACCUCGGGCUGUCGGCAGCCCUCGCUGCUGCAGUUGGAGGUGCGCCCCGUUUGGAGGAAGCCGGGGCUGUUUCUGAGGUUCUCGCCGCCCUCACCCUCACCGGCGUGAACCAGGAACGUCUGAACCGGCUUCUCCAAUGGCCUGGGCACCAGUUCCCGGCUGAGCUCUUUUCUGUGUGGCUAAAAGCCCCCGUCAAGAGGCCGAGUCGUCGCGGCGGCGGUGGGGAUCGCAGGUCGCACAGGCUUGCAGAUGGGUCAGGGUCUGUGGAGAGUGGCCAGAAACCAGCAGCUCCAACAGGAAGGCUAUAGUGAACAAGGCUACCUCAGCAGAGAGCAGACCAGGAGAAUGGCUGCCAGCAGCAUUUCUAACAGCAGUCAUCGUAAACAAGUCCAAGGAGGCAUUGAUAUAUAUCAUCUCUUGAAGGCAAGGAAAUCUAAAGAACAGGAAGGAUUCAUUAAUUUGGAAAUGUUGCCUCCUGAGCUAAGCUUUACCAUCUUGUCCUACCUGAAUGCAACUGACCUCUGCUUAGCUUCAUGUGUUUGGCAGGACCUCGCUAAUGAUGAACUUCUGUGGCAAGGGUUGUGUAAAUCCACUUGGGGUCACUGUUCCAUAUACAAUAAGAACCCACCUAUAGGAUUUUCUUUUAGAAAAUUAUAUAUGCAGCUGGAUGAAGGCAGCCUCACCUUUAAUGCCAAUCCAGACGAGGGAGUGAACUACUUUAUGUCCAAGGGUAUCCUAGACGACUCACCAAAGGAAAUAGCAAAGUUUAUCUUCUGUACAAGAACACUAAAUUGGAAAAAACUGAGAAUCUAUCUUGAUGAAAGGAGAGAUGUCUUGGAUGACCUUGUAACACUGCAUAAUUUUAGAAAUCAGUUCUUGCCCAAUGCACUGAGAGAAUUUUUUCGUCACAUCCAUGCCCCUGAGGAGCGUGGGGAAUAUCUUGAAACUCUUAUAACAAAGUUCUCACAUAGAUUCUGUGCUUGUAACCCUGAUUUAAUGAGAGAACUUGGCCUUAGUCCUGAUGCUGUCUAUGUACUGUGCUACUCUUUGAUUCUACUUUCCAUUGACCUCACUAGCCCUCACGUGAAGAAUAAAAUGUCAAAACGAGAAUUUAUUCGAAAUACUCGUCGGGCUGCUCAAAAUAUUAGUGAAGAUUUUGUAGGGCACCUUUAUGACAACAUCUACCUUAUUGGCCAUGUGGCUGCAUAAAAGCACAGUUGCUAGGACUUUAACUUUUAACGUCAAACUAAAGCUACCCAAGGACCUAUUAAGCAGAUAUGGGGGUUACAUUAGUGCCAGUCUUUCUAGCCUCUGUAUACAAUCAAGCUUGAGUGUACAAUCUUGUUUUCUUUUCUAUUUUCUUUUUUAGUCAUUUUUCUUGAGGAACUAAAGAGUUUUGCAGAAUUUUUCUUAAUUUUGCUUAUCAUGUUUGCACAAAGCAGAGCCAUUGUCUGACACAGCUGUUUAAGAAUGUUAAACUGACAUUAUACUCUAAAAGAUGGUAUAUUUGUGUAUUAGAUUUGCCUGAAAAACUUUAUUCACUUCCAUUCUUUUUUAAAAUACCAUGUAAUGUGUACAUAUUUAACUAGAGAUUUAUAAUCAUAAUUAUUUUAUUGUAAAGAUUUUAACUAAAACCUUUCCUUUUUCUCUCAAA